UAUGUGUUUUGUGUAUAUCUAAAUAGACAUAUACAGGUAAAGACCUUACAGAGGAAGAUACCUUAAAGGUUGGUGGGGUAAAUAAUAAUACAGCCUCAGGUCAGAACAUUGAAGCUUUCCCCACGCACGCCUACUUAGGUAGAUAACCCAUUCAUUGCAGUUCAUAAAUCAGCUCCAGAAUAUUUCGACCUCCACUUCCACAUCCACAUCCACUUCCACAACCAUUACUACCGCAAACAUGCAACGUCGUAUGGUAAUAUGCCCACCUCAUAUAUUUACCCUCCAAAUAACACAUACCAUAUCAUAUCCUAACAAUCUAUCCAGUUAUCAAAAGAAGAUGAGGCUGCAGUCGGCGCAGAUGAGGUCGAGGUACGGAGAGAGGAUCAAGACAAAAUCAAUCGAUUCAGUCGUCUACACCAAAGGGAAAUUGGUCUGGAGGAGGAGUUGAAGUCAAAACAUGUCAGUACAAUUAAGAUAUCCACCAUCAAUCAAUGGGCCUCAUAGUCCGCAAAACAUUCUGCAGAUCGUGUUGCUGAUCAUAAUCCUAUAUAGAAAGAAAAGGAAGACCUCGAUGAUGUUUCCGGUGAACUUGAGUUGGCAGACGAGGAUGAACUGAUACCGUACGACAAGCCUCCAUCCUCCUUCAUUUGGCCAGAUACCAUACGUCGAAUCACACUGACAUUUUGAAGUUACAAAAUCGGAGAUUCAUUUAUUUCCUUACCACUACCAGAAGUUCAAGAAUUGCUCACGAAAUCGACAGAGAACAUCGAGGAGGAAGUAACACUGGUCGAAGAAAAGCUUGGUACAAUCAGGGAGGAAAUGACACAAUUGAAGGUGGAAUUAUAUGCUAGAUUUGGUCGAAGUAUCAAUCUGGAAACAUAGAUUGUCGAAAUAAUUUUCAUACGGAAACCCCAAGGAUCCAUCAAAGAAGCUCCACAACAUACAUAGCCACGAGGUGACCCAAUCACAACAACAAGUAGCCCGGGACAGUUGAGCGGCAUAUAGUUGAGUGUCAUCCUCUGUAUAGGGUUAAAGCAUAUUCUUGCGUACCCGAAAUAUUUACCGAUCAGAAGCUGCUUCCCACAUUUUCUUCCCUCACCGCGACCAUUUUCAGUGCACCGCAUAGAACUAAUCCGAAAUCAUCUGACAGAGUACUGAGUGUGGUCCACCC